AUGGCCGAGCUGCCGCUGCCCGCCGGGCUCGAUGCCAGCACCUUCCCCGCCAAGCUGUGGCGCCUGGCGAACAGCCCCCGCGUCCGCUCCGUGCGCUGGGACACCCAGGGCCGGGGGCUGCUCAUCGACCGCGCCCUCUUUGAGCAGGAGCUGCUCAGCCCGCCCGGCGUCCAGGGGCCGGCCCCGCGCACCUUCAGAGCCACGCAGUUCCGCAGCAUCGUGCGGCAGCUGAACCGCUACGGCUUCUACAAGGUGCCGGGCCGGGCUGGCGCGGCUGUGCCGGGCGAUGCCGGGGCCUGGCUCCACUACAGCAACCCCUGGUUUCGCCGCGACCGCCCCCACCUCCUGCUGCGCAUCAGGCGCCGGAGCACGGCCAGCAAGCACCGCCUGGCGCCCGGGCCGGAGCGGCGCAGGCGCUCGCCCUGCGGCUCCCAGCAGCGCCCCCGGCAGCGGCCGCGGCCGGCGGGGCCGGAGGGGCGCGGGCGGUUCCAGCCGCUGCCUCGGGAGCGGCCGCCGCUGCCGGCAGGGCGGCCGCCCAGCGGCUUCUUGCCCCUGCACAGGGAGCGGACGCUGCCGGACGGGCGGGAGCUGCGCAGCCGGCGGCCCAGCCGCUUCCAGCAGCCCCCCAGAGAGCGGCCGCUCCUGGCCCGGCGCCCGCCCUGUGGCUUCCACCUCCUCCACAGGGACCGGCCGCAGCCGGCCCGGCGGGACGGGCCCAGCCGCUUCCAGGAGCUGUACGGGGAGCGGCCGCUGCCUGCCGAGCGGGAGGUGCCCAGGAUCCCGCCCUGCGAGCUCCUCGGGCUCUACGGGGAGCCGCUGCUGCCGGUCAGGCGGGAGGGGCUGAGCCGCCUCCAGGAGCUGUACGGGCUGCAGCCGCCGCCGGCCGGGCUGCCGCCCUGGGCUUUCCAGCAGCCCCACACGGAGCGGCCGCCUCCGGCCGCGCGGGAGCUGCUCAGGAUCCCGCCGGGCAGCUUCCAGCAGCUCCAAACGGAGCAGCAGUCCCCAGCCCGCAAGCCAUCAGGCACACCGGGCAGUUCAGCCUCCAGUGCUCCACCUGGCAGCGCUGCUUGUGCAGCAUCGACGGCCUCCAGCGGGUCACAAAAUGCACCUGGGCAAGAGGAAUUGCCUUCAGUGGAUCUGGGCCUUCAGGUCGAGCAAAUGAUUCGGGAGAUCAGGAGAUCCAUGGCUGAAAGGUCUCCCUUUGCUCAGGUCAAUCUUAGUGUUGCCCCUGAGUCUUCAGGAGGGGAGGCUGGGAACAGGGCUGCAGCAGAGGGAGCUUCACCUGGCACCGAGAGCUGCAGGAACAGUUCCCCAGAGCCCGAGGAGCCUGAUUCCAUCUGAUCUACCUCUC